AUGUACGCUCGAUGCGGAGGUGUGGAACUAGCUCGCCAGGUGUUCGACAAAAUGCCCAACAGAACAUUGGUCUCGUUUAAUUCAUUGCUCGUUGGUCUAGCAGCAAACGGGUUUGCCAAGGAAGCUUUGCAGUACUUCAAACGGAUGCAGGAACAAGGAUUCGAGCCAGAUGGAGUCAGUUUCACGCGCUCUCACCGCCAGCAGCCAUGUCGGUUUCAUCGAAGAAGGACAGAAGUACUUCAACCUCAUGACAAAAAAGAGUGCAGAAUCUUCCCCAGGAUCGAGCACUACGGAUGCAUGGUGGACCUUUACAGCCGAGCAGGGAACUUGGAAGCUGCAAUCAAAGUAAUCGAAACCAUGCCCAUGAACCCGAACGAAGUCAUAUUGGGAUCCCUUCUCACAGUCACAGCCUGCAGAGCUCACGAAGACACCGCAAUAGCCGAGAGGGUAAUGAACCGUGUGGUUGAUCUACAGCCUGAUGUCGAUUCAAAUAACGUGAGACUGGCCAAUCUAUACGCGGGUGUAGGGAAGUGGGAAGGAGCUAGCAAGAUUAGGAGGAAGAUGAAGGCACUUGGGAUAAGACACCAGGGUACAGUUCGAUUGAAGUCAGGACCGAGCAUUCAUGAGUUUGUGGCUGCCGACAAGUCCCAUGACGAAGUUCAGCACAUAUAUGGUAUACUCUAUACUGAAGCAAGGGCAGAGGUAAUGGAACGCCAACAGGUAACAAGAUUGACGUCAUAA